CGCCCAGGACCCCUGAGGAUGUAGAGCCUGAGCCGCGGAUCCUGUAGGUUUCUAUGCCAUUAUGAACCAUGGCCCAACUUUACUACAAAAAGGUGAACUACUCGCCCUACCGGGACCGCAUCCCGCUGCAGAUCGUGAGAGCAGAAGCUGAGCUCUCUGCAGAGGAAAAGGCCUUCCUCACUGCCGUGGAGAAGGGUGACUAUGCCAGUGUGAAGCAGGUUCUGCAGGAGGCCGAAAUCUACUACAACGUCAACAUCAAUUGCAUGGACCCCCUGGGCCGCAGCGCCCUGCUCAUUGCCAUAGAAAAUGAGAACCUGGAGAUCAUGGAGCUGCUGCUGAACCACAGUGUGUAUGUGGGCGACGCCUUGCUCUAUGCCAUCCGCAAGGAGGUGGUUGGGGCCGUGGAGCUGCUGCUCAGCUACCGGAAGCCCAGUGGCGAGAAGCAGGUCCCCACUCUGAUGAUGGACACCCAGUUCUCAGAGUUCACCCCGGACAUCACGCCCAUCAUGCUGGCUGCCCACACCAACAACUACGAGAUCAUCAAAUUGCUCGUCCAACGCAGGGUCGCCAUUCCCCGGCCCCACCAGAUUCGCUGCAAUUGUGUGGAGUGUGUGUCCGGCUCAGAGGUGGACAGCCUGCGGCACUCCCGCUCACGUCUCAACAUCUACAAGGCCCUGGCCAGCCCCUCGCUCAUCGCCCUGUCCAGCGAGGACCCCAUCCUGACUGCCUUCCGCCUUGGGUGGGAGCUCAAGGAGCUCAGCAAGGUGGAGAAUGAGUUUAAGGCUGAGUAUGAGGAGCUGUCCCAGCAGUGCAAGCGCUUUGCCAAAGACCUCCUGGACCAGGCUCGCAGCUCCCGGGAGCUGGAAAUCAUCCUGAACCACCGCGAUGGCCACGCCGAGGACCUCGACCCCCAGAAGUGCCACGACCUGGCCAAGCUGAAGGUGGCAAUCAAGUAUCAGCAGAAAGAGUUUGUUGCUCAGCCAAACUGCCAGCAGCUGCUGGCCACACUGUGGUAUGAUGGUUUCCCAGGCUGGCGGCGUAGACACUGGGGAGUCAAGAUGUUGACCUGCAUCACCAUUGGCCUUCUAUUCCCCAUGCUGUCUAUAGCCUACUUGGUUGCCCCCAGGAGCAACCUUGGACUCUUCAUCAAAAAACCAUUUAUCAAGUUUAUCUGCCACACGGCCUCCUACCUGACCUUCCUCUUCAUGCUGCUCCUGGCGUCCCAGCACAUAGUCAGGACAGACCUGCAUGUGCAGGGGCCACCACCCACUGUGGUGGAGUGGAUGAUACUGCCUUGGGUUCUAGGUUUCAUUUGGGGAGAAAUUAAGGAGAUGUGGGAUGGUGGCUUCAAUGAGUACAUCCAUGACUGGUGGAACCUGAUGGAUUUUGCCAUGAACUCACUCUAUCUGGCAACAAUCUCACUGAAAAUUGUUGCCUACGUCAAGUACAAUGGUUCUCGUCCCAGGGAGGAAUGGGAAAUGUGGCACCCAACCCUGAUUGCAGAAGCCCUCUUUGCAAUCUCCAACAUUUUAAGUUCCUUGCGCCUCAUAUCCCUGUUCACAGCCAACUCCCACCUAGGGCCUUUGCAGAUCUCCUUGGGGCGCAUGUUGCUUGACAUCCUCAAAUUCCUCUUUAUCUACUGCCUGGUCCUGCUGGCUUUUGCCAAUGGACUGAACCAGCUUUACUUUUAUUAUGAGACCAGAGCCUCUGAUGAGCCUGAUAACUGCAAGGGGAUCCGCUGUGAGAAACAGAACAACGCCUUCUCCACGCUUUUUGAGACUCUGCAAUCGCUUUUCUGGUCAGUGUUUGGACUUCUGAAUCUCUAUGUCACCAAUGUCAAAGCUAGGCAUGAGUUCACUGAAUUUGUGGGCGCAACUAUGUUCGGGACGUAUAACGUCAUCUCCUUGGUGGUACUGCUGAACAUGCUCAUUGCAAUGAUGAACAACUCCUACCAGCUCAUCGCCGAUCAUGCAGACAUUGAGUGGAAAUUUGCCCGGACCAAACUCUGGAUGAGUUACUUUGAUGAAGGGGCCACCUUACCACCUCCCUUCAACAUCAUCCCAAGCCCCAAGUCCUUCUGCUACCUCGGCCAAUGGUUCCUCAGGCAUUUUUAUGCCAACCGGGGCUCGGCGGAAAAUGGAAGGAAGCAUGGGAACCUGAAGAUGUUCACUGAACGCCAUGCUGACAGCCUGAUUCAAAAUCAGAAUUACCAGGAAGUGAUUCGGAAUUUGGUGAAAAGAUACGUUGCAGCCAUGAUCAGAAGUUCCAAAACAAAUGAUGGACUAACAGAAGAAAACUUUAAGGAGUUAAAGCAGGACAUCUCCAGCUUUCGUUAUGAGGUGCUUGACCUCUUGGGCAAUCGCAAACCCCAGCGGAGGAGCUUUUCCACAAGCAGCACUGAAAUCUCCCAGAAGGAUGAUGCCAAUGAUGGUAGUGGGGGGGAGAAGGCCAAAUCCAAGAGUGUCUCUUUCAACCUCACUGGCAAAAAAAGGGACUAUGGCAUGUCAGCCCCAAUCAAGACUACAUCCAAGACAAGCAGUGGGGGUGCAGCUGCUGCCCCCACCCCUCAAGUGAGGCCGAAAACCAGUGGGCCCAGUAAGCACUCCUUUAUGAGCAACCCACUCCAGAAACUGUCGAGCACAAAGAAAGAGUCUUUCAAGAGACUGGGUCUCUUGUUCUCCAAGAUGAAUGGGCAUCUGGCUGAGCCUAGCGCAGAGCCAAUGUACACGAUUUCAGAUGGAAUCAUUCAGCCCCGCUACACAUGGCAAGACAGCAGAUAUUCCCAGAUGGAUCCAGAGCAGGGAGAGGCUAGCUGUUCGAAAAGUGAGAGCAACCUCUCAGAGGCGGACUUUGGGGGGGGGGCGUGUGCCCCCAGCACUAGUGCAAGGGCCUCUGGGCAGAGCAGUGAAUGCCCUCUUGCACCCUCCAGUUCUCUCCACUGUUCUUCUAGCAUCUGCACAUCCAAUUCCAAACUGCUUGACUCCACAGAGGAUGUGUCUGACUCGUGGGGGGAGGCUUGUGACUUGCUUACGAAUCGAUGGAAGGAUGGACAGGAAGAACACGUUACAACUCGGCUCUGAGCUGGGCACGAUGUCUGUCUUUCUUGGCUAGAGGCUGGGGUGGAGAGGGGACUCCCAGGAUCCACCUGCUUUCAGAGCCACCCACUUGGCUUUCAUUAUUGCUUCAAUGUUUGGUGCAUUUGUUUUGUUUUUGCCAUUUUCUACCUAUAGAUGCUGAGCUUAGCUUUGCUACUAAAUGAAGGGGUUCACCAGGAAACCCCAGAGCUUAGGGUUCAUUGGCACUUUCCAAGCUUUGGCGCUGCUUUUCCUGCCCUCAUGUUCUCUAGGUUCCCAUCCUGCUCCCUCCUCUCUUCUUCCCCCCCCCACAAAAAAAAAAGAAAAGCUCAAUGCAUAGGAGCUCCUGAGCAAAGUCCAACUGGCCACUGGCUGAGUCUGACUCUCUGGGCCUGACUUUGCUGCUGUCCAGUGCUGCCCAGGGUCCCCUUCUCCUCAUCUUACCUGGCAGAGUGCCUUUGUUCUCACCAAGCUGUGACUGCUUAAGUGCUCCCAGUGAGUUAUGCCUAGCAGUGGAUGAGGCACUGCACAAGACGCAUUCAUUACGUGUGGAAGUGAGGAGUUGCUGUGAUACCCUUUGGAUUUGCUGGCAUCAGAGCUAGGAUAUUUGUGUGACACAUGAUGACUGCAGCUCCUCUGCCGGAUGCCAUGAUGGUUACUGUGGUGAGUUUUCAGAAUGACUGCAAGCAAAAGCUUUUCCUGGAUAAAAAACAAUCUUGGAGGGGAAAGGGGAAACAUUGUCAUAGAAAAAAGAUCUUGCCAAGGUGUCAAAAUCUGACAAAGAGCAUCUGUCACUUUAACUGUUUCCUGAAAACAACAGAAUCCCCAAACCCCAAACCAGCAACACCAACACAGAGAGCAUACUUAGGGAUCCUAGCCUGGGCAGCUGCAGCUCAACUGGAUCAGCUGAGGAAGCUCCACACAGAACAGAGAAACAAAAGGUCUGGAUGCAGAGGAAGACCCAGCACCAGAGUGGACCAGAGAAUUUAGAACUCCAAGGCUGUACUCUCAGAGCCUCCACCAAAUCCAGGGGUGAAAGGCCAGGAUGCCUGUGCAUGUGUACAUGCCCUGGGCCUACAGUUCCUCUGCCCCCAAACCCAAUUCACAAAUGCUGUGCCAAUGACCCUGGUGUCAUUAAUUAGUAGCAAGGUUUCCCACAUCCCAUUUGCUCCUAACAGGCAAAUUUACUGUGAGCAACAGUUCUCAGAAUUAUCUUUCCCAUUUUGUUUGAUGGUACAAAAUUCCAAUCGAUGGCCCCUGUAUCCAAGGCUGUGUGUACAUCUUUGGAAGAGAAAAACACAGCCUUCUUGCUGCUAGCUGUGGCUGAUAAACCAGGGACAGUUGUCCUGGAUCUCACUCUGUUGAUGAUGUUGGCAUCAGGAAACAGAUAACAUUCCAUUCUUUUCCAAGGGGGCUGUGUGGCCUGGUCAGUCGGAUCACCAUUUGGGCAUGGUCAGGAGUUUGCUUUUCAACCCUGGGGCCUUAAAUGUGGGGUCAUGAUAGAACAGGAGAGAUGGCAGGUGCUCUGAUUUCAAUGCCCAUCUGCAUGGAGCUUGGGAGGAAUGAAGGCUCGAGGUCCCCACCCCACACUGAGUCAAUUUCUUCCAGGAACCACACUGUAAGCUAGAGAAUGCAUAAGCAGAGGUCACCUCUGGUCACAGGGCAGGUGUAAUCCAGCUGGAUCAAGUUUUCUUAUGUUCCGAAGUACAGAGACCCAUCACAAAAUUCAGAGCCAAAAUAUCUAUUCCAGAACCAGAUGCUAAGAACACAAAAGCAUAUUCUACUCCCCCCUAUUAAGUCAUCACAACAUGACUGUACAGAAACAUCAUUAACUUUCCUUGCACAUUACUGCAGCUUAAUUCAACUUCCUACUUAUCUCUUCUCUGGCCCUGAAUUUGGUUUAAACUUGUUAUCAUGACAGACACCUGCUGGUUUCAUGCACUUUGGCAAGUCAUUAAGCCUCAGUGUCCUCACCUCUACAAUGGGGAUAAUAAGACCUGCCUGGCCGCUUCUCUGUUCAAUUCAAUAAGUAUCUCUUUAGCACCUGCAUGACUAGGCACUAGGGACUGGACUUGGAGCAGGGAGCUUCCUCCACCAACGCCCCCACUGAGCACCAAGGGGGCCACGAGUCUCACACCAAUAUGGAGCAGAGGGAGGGCCCAAAGCCAGAUCUUACUGCUUUCCAGGCGUGGAGACAAGACCAGACACAAAACAGGCCCCUGUCCUCCAGGAGCAUGCAUUCUGCUGACGGAGUCCUUCUUGGCAUCUCAACUACAUUUCACUAUUAGGCUGAAAAAUCUCCAAAGAAAACUACUGAAUGAUGUCCGAAGGGACACUUGUUGCAUGCAGCCCCUCCCUGAAUUCCAGCCAUUGCUCUAGGGGCACCAUUUCCCCGGGAUGCAUGGACUACCUCUGACUUCAAAGUGCAACCUAAUUCAGACUCUUCCAGGGUCAGGUGCAUUCAUCUGACUGCCAUUUUAUCUCAGCUGCGAGGUGGGAACCAAUCCAAGGAUGACGGUGUCCUUCCUGUUCACCAAGGACUCCAAAGGCUGCCACCAUGCCGUGCUGUUCAGGGGGUCCCUCUGCUGCACCAGCUCCAUCUGAUCUUCCAAGUGAGCACCAUGAGCACGUACGACCUUGGCCCAGAGAACACACAGACCCCUUGUACUUCAAAACAAAAUUGGGGGGGAAAUUAGCCACUCCUUUGCCAAGUCAUAUCCUUGCCCUGGACCUUGACCUUGGUCAGUUCUACUAAUCCAAUGUAGGCCAAUCCAACGAGUAUUUAUGAAGCUCCUGCAACGGGCACUGGCGACACAGAAAGUCUGGUAGCAUCCCUGGCCUCUAAAGAGCUCAUGAAAAGACCUGGCAUUGUAACCCUUUUCCAAGAACUGGUACUGUGCACAUCGUGUGGGGUGCCAUUGUAAGGCCCCACAGCUCCAGCUAGAGCCCUGGGGUGACCUGAGGCAACUGAGUGGACCGGUUAGUGGCUACACAUGCGCACAUCUGCCUUCUUCGACCACAAUACCAGAAUGAUUUCCAGAGAAAUCCUUCCUUUGGCUUGAACAAUUUCUAUGUUCCCACCCCCGACUUUGCUGAUGUAGAAGCUGUCAUUUGGUGCUCCACCGCUGGCUUCAGCACAGAGACACUGCCUCAGCUGCCUCCCCAGUAGCCACCCCAGUUGCUUAUGCUUUGCUUUGUUUUGUCCACGAGGCACCCUCCCCCCCCCCCAUGAUCUUGGCUCCUCAGUCCCUUUGGCUGAUCACUGAGCUUCUUUGUUGGGGAGAGAAGACAGAAGGGGGAGCAUGAAGCAGCUUCAAAGUCAUUCUCACCCCAGUGAGUGCAUGCAACGGGAUGGAGUCUGUCAUGACUGUCACAAACUUGAGAUCUAUCAGGUUUGGAGGUUGUUGGUUUUGCAGAAGACAAAAGAAAUAAAGCACUCAGGUUAGAAACAAAGGACCUUACCUGUAAAACAGAAACAACCAACAAUCUGCUAACUUUCAACUAGCAUUCAUGGUGAAACCUACGUGCGAGUCUUGCAGCCUUACCACCGACUUGAGGUGUGACUCUCUGUGCUAAUACGUGGCCUAGAAUUGCCAUGAAGGUGCUGCAGGUUGGAGCUCCUGCCGGACCGAGGCGGAGAGGAAUCCAUCCCCAACUAGCCCGGGCACUGUGGGCCCUUGAGCUCUGCUUUCAGUUGGUUCCUGCCUGCCCUAAAUGGUUUGGUGUCUUUGCCCUUUCUGUUAUUCUCUCAGCCUCAGUUUAUAUUCCACUUUCUUUUCCUAACAGUGUAAGAUGUACACUUGUGUGUGUGUGUGUGUGUGUGGUUGUGUGUGUGUUCAGUGGCACUUGAGAGCCAUGUACAUAUUAAAAAUUUGAAUAUUUAAGGUUGAGUGGGUUAGCCUCAUGGCCUAGAGAAGUCCAAAGUGAUCUGUCCAUCAUGGCAUGAAUGAGUGGCAGCAAUUUGGGGGAAAGCCCACAGCUUGGCCCACAUGUGAUGAAUGACUUUGCCUGAGUGGAUGUAACAGUCAUGCAACUCACAUGGCUGAAAGGCUCUUCUCAUACUGCUGCUGAUUCAGUGAAACCAAACAGAAGCCUGGGUUCUCUCCCUGCAUGGAUCUAAGGUGCAUCUUACCCUGUAAUCCUAGGCUCAGCAGACUUCACUGCACUGCAGAGCUCCCAGACUGAAAGCUCUGUCCAUCCCAUUGUCCAUCCCAAGGCACGGGUGGGGUGGGCUCAGUGAGGCUCUAAGUUGGCCAACCCUCUGCAGGGACACAGUUGAAAGGUCGAGACUUCAUGAGUCACCAGUCUAAACUGGCUGGCCUUUGUCAUCAAUGGGGCACUCAGAAAUAAACAGGGAUAAGGGCACAACUGUGCAGAGAGACCAUCUCAAUAGCCAAAAGAAGUCCAUGUCUUUGGAUAGACAAAGACUUUGUGAGAGAUUACACAGUACAAUUUGGGGGAGGGCAAUGACUGCUCUUUUCCCUCUUCAGGAAGAGGCCGGGGAUAUUGCAAUAUAAAGUUAUGUCGAUCUCAGAUCAGAAUGACUGCUUAUUUCACAAUGGAUGAAAGGUCAGACCAGACCUGGACUGGGUUUCAGAUGAUGGUUAAGAGAUACAGAGGAGCUUGCUGACAAAGAUUUCAUCCCUGAUAAGAGAACUGAUCCAGCAGAACUUGCCACUAGACUACCAGGCCUGUGUCCCCAAAAAGCCCUGGAGAAGAAGCCCAGAGGAGGUCCUGAUUAUCUUACAGUGAUGUACACCAGCAGCCUGACUGAGAGGAGCCCAAGUGAUAGCAACAUCAGGUGCCACCCCCUCCCCCAACUCCAGCUAAAAGGAGGGGGGAACUGAAAUCGAUGAAACCCUGCUUUAACCAACAGGGACACCAUCUUGUCCCUUUCAAGGCCCAACCACCACCGCCACCACACACUCUCUAAUGUGUGGGGGGAAAUUUGAAAUUGACACACCUGCCCUCCAGAGGGAGCUAACCAAAACAGGACCACAAAAAGUAACCCCAGAGUUGUCAAAUCAUGAUUCAGGUGUUCCAGGUUUGGGGGAGCUUGUGGGGGGGGGGGGUCAACAAGUGUUAUUAAUUUGUAUGUUUAUAUUGUGUGGCCUGGGAAGGCGAGGAAAGGAGACAAGGUUUCAUUCACUAAGAAUUCCCUUUUCCUGGCCUAGCUGUCUCAGUUUCACAGGCACAUAUAGAAAGCCUGUCUGCAUGAACUUUAUGGGACAACCUUCGUUUCUGAGCCCAAUGAUGAGGAAGAGAGAGGUCGGGCAUGUUCAUCUUAAUGACAGCUUGGCAUCAUGGGCUACUCCUUAAAAACCUUCAUGUUGUCUCUUGGAGAAGCAUUAUUUGAGUAACUGUCAUUUUUGUUCCAGUACUUUCUGUAAGCAGUGCAAAGUUAACGUCAUCCUUAAAUAUAAGUGUUAAAAAUGAAAUCUCCUAAAAGAAAAUUGUUUAUUUUGUGUGUAUUUUUGGAUUUGUUGUGAACUAAAAUGUGAAGCAGCUCCUUUUCCCUCUCGGGAUGCCAAGU